AUGUUCUGUGAAAAGGUCAUGGAGUUGGUCCGCGAGCUGCACCACACUCCAGAAGGGCAGCUGCCUGCUUUUAAUGAGGAUGGACUCAGGCAAGUUCUGGAGGAGAUGAAAGCUUUAUAUGAACAAAACCAGUCUGAUGUGAAUGAAGCAAAAUCAGAUGGACGCAGCGAUUUGAUACCAACCAUCAAAUUUCGACACAGUUGUUUGUUACGAAAUCGACGCUGCACUGUAGCAUACCUGUAUGACCGGUUACUUCGGAUCAGAGCAUUUAGAUGGGAAUAUGGCAGUGUCUUGCCAAAUGUUUUACGAUUUCACAUGUCUGCUGAAGAAAUGGAGUGGUUCAGUCAUUAUAAAAAGUCUCUUGCUACGUAUAUGAGGUCAUUGGGAGGAAAUGACGGUUUGGACAUUACACAGGAUAUGAAACCUCCAAAAAGCCUGUACAUUGAAGUGCGGUGUCUGAAAGACUAUGGAGAAUUUGAAGUUGAUGAUUGCACUUUUGUUGUAUUAAAAAAAAACAGCCAGCAUUUUUUACCUCGUUGGAAGUGUGAACACUUAAUCAGACAAGGCAUUCUGGAGCAUGUACUAUCAUAG